CUGUCGCAAGUUCCCACCAUGCAGUAAUGCAUCGAGUUUGAGACCCACAGCUCUCGGCGAACGAGCACGCGACCGAUCAGUUGCCGUUUACCUACGGUCGGAUUCGGUCGAACUUACAACAAGCGCCGGAGUUGCAGCAGCGGUGUGUGCCUCAACCAAACCAAAACCGCGCAGCCAUUGGUUGGCACAUGCACAUGUUUUGUCCUUGAAAGUGUUUCCAGUUGAAUAUUCAUGAAAUUGUGGCGAAGCGUCCGCAACAGUUGAGCGUGUUUGUUUCCAAGUGCUAACAGUGAACCAAAGUGCGCACGAUCGAAAAUAUGGUGAACAAACAAUACAACGUUCACAAUCCGAAGUUGCACAAGUCCAAGAGUGGACAGAACUCACCACCGCCGGUGCGAAGCUACCCGGAGGUAUCCAAUCAACCGAAUCCUCCGGACAUGAGUGGGUCCUUGGAGAACAAUCUGAACCAUUGCGCGGAACAUCGUCCCCAGCAUCUUCACCUGAACCGUCCCCACCAGCCGCAUCCCCAUCGCGUCCAGCAGUCCCAAAUGCAACAGAACAACUUGGAUUUGGAUGUUCGCCGCCGUGCCGGCGGUGGUGGUGGUUCCAACACUCCGUCCGAGGAAGACUUUGGCGAGGACGGUGUCUACGGAAGAAACAUCACCUAUUACAGUGAAACCGCUCAUCAGCAGCUCGCUGCCGCUGAUGGAGCUGCAGCCGGUUGCGAAAGCCAAACGGGCGGUGCUACCGGCGAACGGCUCUGCGUGAAGGAUCUGACUAUCAAUGACAUUGGCCGAUUUCAGUACAUCUUGCAAAUGGAUCGUGAAGUGGUAAGUAGAAAGCGCCGUACACAAAAUUACUUUCGUCCGCGUUUCGAUCGAUGA